GACAUGUAAAUCGUUGAAUUCGUCGGCCUGAACACUGGCAAAAAUAGGAUUCUGUUCCGGAUCCAUUAUAUUACCUAAACACAAUUUUAGAUGAUUCUAUUUCAGCGAAGCAAAAAUUAGCGUCUGUAAGAAACAAUUUCCGGUUGCUACAGUGAUCCCUGUCAGCAAGGAUAUCGAUUCAACAUCGACAAUCAUCAAGCAAAACAAGUUUUUAAGCAACAUUCAACGUGCGCCAGAAUAGCGCGCCAUUAUUGCAUACAACAAACCGACAGGAAAACUGAACGUCGAUGAAUGGACGCCCUGACACUCAUGCACACUCAAAUUGAGUGCGUGAGAACUUCAGACGCAAAGAAAAAAAUGUCAAAGUUUAAUCGAUUGUACAGCUGAUGAGAACCACAAUAUAAACAAUUUCAAGCAGACCCAUAAAAUAUUUAGUUUUUUGUUCGAUUAAUUUAGAAGGGUAUAUCUACGGUGUUUGUAUAAACCAGACGAUGGAUUAUAAUAUCAGUAGGUUGUGCAGGGUGUGUUUAGAAGAAGGUGUUUUCACUUCAAUAUUCAAUACGGAACUAGUAGCAAUGGCUCCAGCUGAUAUGCUCACGAUGUGUGCAAAUAUAAAGGUAUCGAAAAAUGAUGGACUUCCUAGUACUAUUUGCAAUAAUUGCAUGUAUCGAUUGGGAGUUGCAUUCCAUCUGAAGCAACAGUGUGAAAACUCCGACAUGCGACUGAGGCAGUAUAUCGGAUUGAUGACCGGUGUGUACUCCAAUUCGAUGGAUAAGGAAACGAUGACGGACGAUUCGUGGUUUUUAGUUUCGAAAAAAACAGACGAAGACCGUAAAGUAGUGAAAAAGAGAUCUAGCGGUAGGAGUAGAUACAAACCCAAACCACCGGAAGAUCGAAAAAAGCGUGGUCCAAAGCCAACCCCUAAACUACCCCAAACAUGUUAUCAGUGUCAUAAAACGUUUAAAUGCGCAGCUCAACUACAAAUGCAUUUGCGAACCCAUAGCGGCGAAAAACCUUAUUCCUGCAAUUAUUGCUCUAGACGGUUCGCUCAAAAACACAAUCUAUCAAUUCACAUUCGAACACAUACAGGUGAACGUCCGUAUCAAUGCGAAAUCUGCAGUAAGCAAUUCUCAGCUCUAGGAAACUUUCAAGCUCAUAAAAAGAUUCAUUCCAACCAGCGGGAUCACAUUUGCCCCUCGUGUAAUAAAGCGUUUAUCACUUCCGGGGACCUUUCACGGCACAUGGUGUCCCAUUCCGGUAUUAAAAACUACCACUGUGAUAUUUGCGCCAAAAGUUUCAGUAGAAAUCGGGACAUGAUUACCCACAAGAAAAAAAUCCACCUUCACGAUCGUUCUACCGAAAACUACAAAUGUCUAGAAUGUCAAAAAGUAUUUGCAACGGCAGAUAGUCUAAACCUUCACAUGCGAAUGCACACCCCGAUGCCUUCUGUACCGUUGAUGCCAGCUCCACCGCCGCAGCCGCAAACGCAUAUCCAGCAGCCCAUUGCGAUUGCCCCGCAUCACAGCCUAGGACCAACACCGUUGGGAGUUGGUCUCGGAAUGCUUCCGCAUACACAUUCUCAGGGCGGUUAUCACAGUCAGAUGCAUCCAGGGCAGCGGUUACACCCCUACUGAAUGAAGUGGUUUUUUUCUUUCGGAUAAAAUAAACGCACCCAGAUUGAAUCUCGUAACAAAUUAGUUUUAUUUUAUUUCCCGAAAUACAGAGGUUUUAUUUUC